AUGCACGCUUCCCGCAAGACACGCCAGUUUCCGAUUCUUGAGAACGUAGAGAUACAAAAAUACCCCACACCGUACGAAAUGCGAUUUUCGAUGGGUUCCUUUGUACUAUACCGCCAACACGGCUCAAACUCACCCCUUUGGCCGGGGGUGGUUUGUCCAGAUGAUGUCGCACCACAAGACUUCCUGGACACCAACCCUCGCACAUAUGUGCACUUGGUCCUACUCGUAGGGGAAAAACUGAACUUUUGUUGGGCACUCACCAGUGAAUUACAUGACUUUGACCCAUCUAUCCCAUUCACGGACGAAGAAACUGUGGAGAAUACUCCUGGUCUCGGCGAAGCUUUCGCCAUGUGCAAUGUUGCAAUUGAAGAAGACUUGGGUCUCGAUCACUGGAGAUGGCGCGUAGAAACUGAAACCACUGCUCUCUAUUCGGAUUCUGAAACUUUGCGCGCUGAGUCUAGCCCUUGCUCGAGCGAUGGUUUCGAUCAUUCGGAGAUACAGUUGGCAAUUCAACAGAGUCGGCUCGAUUUCGACGAAGCGAACAAGCACGCGUUCUCAUCUUCAUCAACUGCGCCAAGGAGUAUCAAACAAAGGGAUAAGGUUGUGAUUAUACUGGACUCUGAUGAUGAUGAUGAUGACCAAGGCCCACGCUUAGCUCAACCUUAUAAACCGUACCGUGCUGCGGUCACAGCUCCAUACACCCAGCGUCAUACAAACCAAUCCGCUAAAAUCCCAAGGGCUCCACGACAGGAAGACCCUUUCCGAUCUUCUUCCGUUGAACACGGACUCAACGGUUCUAGCCAUGUUUUUCGGUCCAGCAACUCACCAGCGGUGUCAGGCAACCGUCAGACUUUGCAGUUUACCCCGAGGACCUUUACCGACGGACUCGACCUCAAGAGACUUGACGAACACUCGAAUGUCCCAAAAAGCGACACCAUCGAAGGCGAUAUUGAGACGAGCAAAACACAUGUCCGAGUUCGAGUUGGGCCACAACAUGACGAACGCAUGCUCCUCAAGGCCAGCGUGUGGGACAAGCCCUACUUCAGAGAAUCCACUGCAGGCAUAAUGUACUUCAGCAUGGACGAUGACGGCAUGUUCGAACUCAAGCAUCCUAGCCUGGCAGACAUUGACCCCGACGACUUCACCUACAUUGCCGAAUACCUCGAGAGCGGCCAAUUCGGCUACGUGAAUCCACAGGGAGCCGAGCAAGAAAACGAGGCAUUCUCGGAGCUUGUGGCCGCCUGGACAGUAGCAGAAGUACUUGGCAUGGCCGAUAUGAUGGAGCAUAUGAUUGACAAGUUGCAACGCAUGGCACCAUGGGACUUGUGGCAUGUUAUGCUAUUCGCUUGCAACGUCUACACAGCGGCAGGUAUCUCUCUUCCUGCCCAGGAUAGGAUCAAAGAGAUGUUGGCCGGGAAUAUCGCGGAGAAUUAUUGGAUAUACAUAGAGGAUGAUUAUUUGAGCGCGGAAUUCGUGCAGCGGCUGAAGGAACUGCCGGAGUUGGAUAGAGAUGUGACUGUCAGGAGGGCGGAGUUAUUAAAUGAUCGAAUUUAG